AUGGCCGACAAAAACAAUCGCGAACCAUUUCCCCGUAACGUUUGCAAAGCAGCACGACGUAACCCUCACAAAGCAGCACGACGUAACCCUCACAAACCAGCACGACGUAACCCUCACAAAGCAGCACGACGUAACCCUCACAAACCAGCACAACGUAACCCUCACAAACCAGCACGACGUAACCCUCACAAACCAGCACGACGUAACCCUCACAAACCAGCACGACGUAACCCUCACAAACCAGUACGACGUAAUCCUCACAAACCCGCACGACGUAACCCUCACAAACACCAGCACGAAGUAACCCUCACAAACCAGUACGACGUAACCUUCACAAACCAGCACGACGUAACCCUCACAAACCAGCGCGACGUAACCCUCACAAACCAGCGCGACGUAACCCUCACAAACCCGCACGACGUAACCCUCACUAACCCGCACGACGUAACCCUCACAAACCAGCGCGACGUAACCCUCACAAAGCAGCACGACGUAACCCUCACUAACCAGCACGACGUAACCUUCACAAAGCAGCACGACGUAACCCUCACAAAGCAGCACGGCGUAACUCUCACAAACCAGUACGACGUAACCCUCACAAAGCAAUACGACGUAACCCUCACAAACCAGCACGACGUAACCCUCACAAAGCAAUACGACGUAACCCUCACAAACCUGCACGACGUAACCCUCACAAAGCAGCACGACGUAACCCUCACAAACCAGCACGACGUAACCCUCACAAUGAAAUACGACGUAACCCUCACAAACCAGCACGACGUAACCCUCACAAACCAGUACGACGUAACCCUCACAAACCAGCACGACGUAACCCUCACAAACCAGCACGACGUAACCCUCACAAACCAGCACGACGUAACCCUCACAAACCAGCACGACGUAACCCUCACAAACCAGCACGACGUAACCCCAUAA